CUUUGUAAUCGGAUUCGAUCUGCUGAUCGUGAGUGGCUUUGAAGAAUUUUUGUGGUGAACACUGUUUAACGUUCUCACUUCUCAUAUCAUACCUUUAGCUGAGUGCAGGACGUUUUUGUCAGUCAGAGAUAAGCGGCAGAACAUCAACUGAAAGCAGUUUAACUGGAUAAUAGUACUUUACAAAGCAGUUACGUACUCAGUAGAUUGACAAAAAUAUGUCAAGGCGGCAAGACACAAACCAAUCAAAUGAUGAUAUUGACUAUACACGCCAUGAUCCUGUAAAUAUUAUCUAUAAAAUUGGCAUAUAUGGCUGGAGAAAGAGAUGCCUUUAUCUGCUCAUUCUUAUAAUAACUGUCAUUACAAUAAUAAAUUUGGCACUUACAAUUUGGAUUAUGCAUGUGAUGAAUUUCAAUCUGGAUGGUAUGGGGAAACUAAAAAUAACAAAUAAAGGAGUUUUGUUGCAAGGGAAUGCAGAAUUUGUCAAACCAUUGUAUGCUGAAUCAAUUGAAACAAGAAAGGAUAAACCAAUUGUUGUACAGUCAACGGCCAAUGUUACAAUCAAUGCUAGAAACGAGAGCGGUGCAACCGUCUCUCAAUUUUUUGUUGGAAAUGAUGAAAUUGUUGCUAAACAAAAGGUUUUCAAAGUUCAAUCCAAUAGCGGAAAAGAGCUUUUAUACGCUGAUAAAAAUGUGGUUCGUUUUGGAUACAAUCAAUUGAGAUUUGCAAGUGCUGAAAGCACAGUUAAUUUCACUGGUGCGUUGCAAACUGAAAAAGUGCGAUCGCCUCCAUCGAAACAUCUUGAACUUCAUUCUCCAACAAGAUCUGUCCGACUCGAAGCUCCUGAAAUGAUCGAAAUUACCACAAAAGCUGGUGACAUAUCUGUGAAAAGCAAGUAUUCCGCAUCAUUCACUUCAAAUGAGUUUAUUUUUGAUGGGAAGAAGAUUGUAUUCAAAGAUUUGCCAGUGAUGAAAGCUGGUGGCAAAAUUAACAAUUCGGAUGCCAAGGAAGUGUGUUUGUGUCCAAAUGGACGUAUGUUUGCUGCCUGGUCGGGAACAAACUGCUCAACUGCAGUGGAUAUUUGCAAGUGAAAUAUCGUCAAAUUUGCGUCGUAAAUGCUGCAGGUUAUGAAGUUCACAAGUAGAAAACCAGCGAUAUUCCAUGCAUUAUCAACUCGUGUAUAUUUUUUUGCAUGUAACUAGAAGGUGCAUGGGUCAUUUAAAACAUUUGUAUCUAUGGAAUAUAUUAAAUUUUAGUCUAGGU